AUGGAACAACAAACAUCUAACAAUGACGAUUUCGUUCUUGAACGUAUGAAAAAAAUUCAAUUUGAUCGGCCAAUUAAUGUUACUUUAAUACUUGAAGAGCCAAACUUGGAUGAACACCCUAAAUCAAUUGAUACGCAGUUGAAUGAAAUAAAUCAAAAUAUUUAUUCAAGAAAUGAUUUUAUUAAUAUAUCUGAAGAACCAUCUGCUAUCUACUCUUUGAAUGCAAGUUCUUCUAUUAAUACAGAAAAUAUAGAAUUAAGAGACAUUUCUUACAUGAAUAACAAAUUACAUUGCAAUAUUUAUGAGAAUAUACAUUCGAAAACAUCAGCUUCAUCUAAAAAAGCAAAUAUAGAAAGUAAUUUAGACACAUCAGAUAAAAGAAAAUUAAUAAUGUUAUUAGACAGAAUAUCGGAUAAUAUACUUUUACUCGCCAACUGCAGCUUCUACAUCCGUAACACAUUAGUAGUAAGCGGCGAAGAUGUCAAAAGCUCUAAUAUGUCACCAUAUGAUCCAUUGCCAUUGAAUCGAUUCGGUACAAGC